CGGAAGUCUAGCUUUCACAUGUGUACAUGCACCAGUUGCUAAGCACAGUUAUCACUGUGUACCGUUAUAGCCAAUACUUUUGAUGUCAUUAGACUCUUGCGCUAAAAAGAAGAAGAUGAAAGUUGUCGCGUUAAUAAGUGGGGGCAAAGACAGCUGCUACAACAUGAUGCAGUGUGUUGCUGCUGGGCACCAGAUCGUAGCUCUGGCCAACCUCCGUCCUGCUCACACAGAUGAGUUGGACAGCUACAUGUACCAGACAGUGGGCCACCAGGCCAUAGAGCUGUAUGCUGAAGCCAUGGAUCUGCCCCUGUAUAGACGCACCAUCCAGGGCUCUAGCUUGGACACCAGCAGAAACUACAGUGAGACAGAGGGGGAUGAGGUGGAGGACCUGUAUGAGCUACUGCACCUCGUCAAGGAAAAGGAGGGUGUUGAAGCUGUGUCUGUAGGGGCCAUUCUCUCCGAAUACCAGAGGAUCCGUGUGGAAAACGUAUGUUUGCGGCUAGGUUUGCAGCCUCUGGCUUACCUGUGGCGCCAAGACCAAGAGUCCCUGCUCUCUGAGAUGAUAUCAUCUGACCUCCAUGCUAUCCUCAUCAAAGUCGCCGCCUUCGGCCUGGAUCCAGAGAAGCACUUAGGAAAACCUCUGGCUGACAUGGAGCCCUAUCUGAAACAGCUCUCCCAGAUGUAUGGAGUUCAUAUUUGUGGAGAAGGAGGUGAAUAUGAAACCUUCACCCUUGAUUGCCCGCUCUUCCAAAGGAAGAUAGUUAUUGAUGCGGCAGAGACAGUGAUCCACUCAGCAGAUGCCUUCGCUCCAGUUGGCUACCUGCGCUUCACCGAGAUGCACACCGAGAGCAAAGACAAGGAUGUGGUGGCAAGAGCUUUGCCCCAUGGUAGUUGUCCUUGCCAGAACGCCAUUGACAAGAUGACUGAGGAGGUGGAAUAUGCUGAUCAAGCUGAAGACAACCAGCAAGAAUUUACAUCAAAUUGUGACCUUAGUUGUCAGCGGGGCCACGGUCUCCCUCCAUCCUGCUCACCAAGAAGUUCCAGAGGCUAUCAGUGGAUUUGUUGCAUUAACGGCCUUCAGAGCCAAGAACCCGGGAUCCAGGGCCAGACAUGGGCAGCUUUCACACAGCUGCAAAGUGAGUUGGACACCAGAUGCUGGAAGAUGAAGGACAUUAUCCUGCUUCACCUGUAUGUGAGCUGCAUGGAAGACUUUGUUCCACUCAACACGGUCUAUAAGAAACACUUUGGCAAAAACCCUCCAGCCAGGGUCUGUGUCCAGGCUCCUCUACCUGCUGGUCAGCUGCUGCAGAUGGACUGCCUGCUCCAUGACUGGAAAGAGCCCCUAGAGGAAGGCUGCUUCCACCAGAGGGAAGCCCUGCAUGUCCAGAGCCUUUCCCACUGGGCCCCAGCCAACAUCGGGCCCUACAGCCAGGCAAUCAGGGUUGAUCAGUCGGUUUUCUGUGCAGGCCAAAUCGCUUUGGUCCCUUGUACCAUGCAGCUGGUAAAGGCCGGUACCAGGACACAGGCCCACUUGUCCUUCAGCUAUGUGAAAAAAGUUCUGGAGGCGGUGAUCAGCAACCUAACACUAGCUCAUGUGAUCCAGGCCCACUGCUACGCCACAAGACCCCAAGACAUCCCCAUCAUCAGGGCCAUCUGGGAGAGCAUGCUGACGGCCGCAGAGGUAGAGCAGGUCGGCCACUGUGGAGACUUGUUGUGGGAGCCUGAGCUCAAACCUGCGCCAUUACUGGUCGUUGUGGUACCUGCCUUACCCAAAGUUGCAGCUGUCGAGCUUCAUGUAACUGCAAUUCAGGAUGACCCCACCAAAAGGACUUCCUGUCACAUGACUACAAAGGUGGCAUGCGGAUCUAUGGAGUGCCACACUGUAAUGUCUGCUGACAUGUGUAGUGCUUCCCUUUCACUUUCCCUGGCUGUGCCCGGUGAUAACCUGGAGGUCACCGGCGUGAAGGAAGCAGUUGCCGCUACGUUAAAGAAAGCCAUGAAGAAGAUGGAUGCUGAGCUGGUGCCACUGUGUGCCAGGGUGUUCUACAAGUGCAACCACUCACUGGCACAGCAGAUUGUUAAAGGACUUGAAGAAAGUUUGAGAAGCUGUCUUGGAGAGUCCAGUCCGUCUGUGGUCCUGGUUCCGGUCCUGGACUUGCCUGACUCCCAGAUCCUCCACCUGUCCUGCUGGCUCAGUUUAUAGAAACACCGCCAGAGUCAACAACCAGACUCCAGUCAUCCACAACAGUGGAAUUCAGUGGGGCUUUUCUGGAGGAGCGACUCUGACAGCCCAGCACCUAAUGACUUACAACAGGACAUCAGUGAAUGUGGAAAAUAAAAACUGCAUAACUGAAUUUUGACUGUUUAUCACUGCUGAUUGUUGAAAUGCAAAGCCGUGUCUGUCUUCAAGUGGUUUUGAUGGUGUGUGGUUUUCAGGAUGUAUUUAUUCCACCCCAUAUCCGAGAAUUUAGGCCAAUAAUUCACUUUGUCCUCCACUGGAGUUGUAUACUGCAGCAGCUGUUAUUGUGACUCGAAGAGGAGUCUUGUGGAACUUCUAUAAUGUGAAGCUGCAUACCAGAAAACUGGAGACCAUAGUCUACAAAAGGAGACACCAGCAGUGCCUCAGCCCAUGAGGCGAUAAACUGUAUCCCCUGAUAUCCCACUGUUUCUGGUGGAAUUUCUCUUAGCAUGCUAGCUAACACCCCUCAUAAAGACUUAGUGCCACCGCUGACACCAUCUGUUCAGUCGUAAACUUAUAGAUUUACUGUGUAACUGGUUUGUGACUGUGUGCAGUGUGUGCGGAUGAGGUGACUGUUUCUCCCUCUCAUGCUCCAUGGGAUUCAAGGUGUGUUAUUAUUGUGUAAUAGGCAAUCAGCGCAGAGCACCCGAAAAGAUUAAGCCUCUUUAUGUUUUCUAUUGAUUCUAAGGCAACCUGGUUAAUAGGAGAGGGACACUACAACACACAGCUGCAGGGCAGGUGUGUGUUUUGUGUGUGUUUGCGUGUGUGUUGGGGGUGUCAAUAGACACAGUGUGACAAUGUGGGUAGAAAAUAACACUAUUAACCAUUGCUCCUGGAACAUUUCUUUUCUCAAAAGAUCACGAACCGUAUUGAUGAUGUGAGCUGGAAUGCAUCUUCACUCCGGCUAUUCUCUUCAUCGCGCUUGUGAUGGCAGCAGAGUGGAGUGGUCUAUUGAUCUUCCCCCACCCCAAUGUUGUUUUGAUUGUUGUUAUCAAAAAUUGAACAAUAGAGGCGGGCCAACAGAGCCUGAAGAUUUUUAUUGACGGUUGAAAAACACAAACAAGCAAUUAUUUAUGAGAGCGAGCACGCCAAUAGCCCAUAAAUAUACAGUGUGUGUUAAUGUUCACCUGUUUGGUUUUAAAGUGCCCUACCAGGGUGAGAUUCAGAAUUUUUGAAUGAUGCGGCUGUCAACUUAGCACUAAGAUAUGGGUGUUUUUGGUAAAAUACUUUUAUGUCUUCUUCAGUAAAUAUUGCUGUUAAACUGCUGCAGAGUUGGCAAUGGGAAAAGCAGCCACAUUAUUUGGUAGAAGGCAUUCCUCCAACAGUGUUUUCUUUGUCAAAUGACUUGUUCUUGGUUUUGCUUUGGUUUUAUUUCUAAAUGUGUGUAACAGUCUGAAUGCCAAGCAAGGCAUUGCCAAACAAGACUUUGCUGAACAAGCAUGUAUGUUCAGCAGUCUUAGUGGAUAAAAAUGGUUUGAAAGGAAGAUUGAGGAAAAAAACAAAAAUUGAGCAAUGAAAAUGAAGUAAAAAUGUAGAAGUACUAGAUUUAACUUUACUAUUAAGCAAGAAAUUUACGCAAGACAUUUCUUUAUUGAGCUUUAAAUCCACAUGCUUUUCCCCUCAGUGGAACAACAUUUGAAUUACAAGGAAUUCAUACUUAACAAAACAUUAAAACACAAGACGCAUUUCAGUCAACAGAGGAGCUCUACCACUAAAUUUCAGUGCACGCCAACCACUUGUCGAUCACCGCUAUCAACAUAACAUUCUGUCUUUCAGCAGGCAUGUUUUCAUACAGAAACAGACAAGGCCACAAGUAUACCAUCACACCCUCAUCAAAGCCAAUGUGAUGGCUUAUGGCAGGCACAUUUUUUUGUGUCUUUAACACUGUGUUUUUUCACAAAAUGAAUAAAGACAGGGUGACAUUUA